CCUCGUCCUUACUUUGCUAGUAAAAAACCUCUUCGCUACAGUUUACUCAUUUUUUUGAUACUUGUUUCCGCUAGAAGGGAAAAGCGAACACCAGCACAUGAAAGGCCAGUUGGCAAAGGCGCGCGUCUGAGGAGCGGCUUGUUUACUCCAGACGAAUAAAAUGCCAGUUUUACUCGCGCUAAAUGUAUGGAUUUAUUAUCUUGUUUUACUCCUAACAGAUUGUGCUCUUGGCUCCAAUAUUUGUACAUCUCGAGGAGCCAGCACAUGUCAGCAGUGUUUAGCAGUGCAUCAUUCCUGUGCAUGGUGUUUCCAAGAGGAGUUUGGGCUAAAUACCCCUGGUGCCUCCCGCUGUGACCUGGAGAGGAACCUCAUAAAGGCUGGAUGCAGGAGAGGAGCACUGGAGUACCCCACCAGCCAGCUGCUGGUUAAAGAAGACAGACCUCUAAGUGACAAAGCCUCUGGAGCCACCACUGAGGUCACACAGAUCCGACCCCAGAAACUGUACAUAACCCUGAGACCUGAUGACACCAAGCAGUUCACGCUGCAGGUGCGACAGGUGGAGGACUACCCUGUGGAUCUGUACUAUCUGAUGGACCUCUCCUACUCUAUGAAUGAUGACCUGUCCCAGCUGAGGAGGCUUGGGAAAGGGUUGGCUGAGGAGAUGAGUAAAACCACCAGCAAUCUGCGCAUGGGCUUUGGGGCCUUCGUGGACAAACCCGUGUCUCCGUAUAUGUACAUCUCCCCACCCGAGGCUGUGAAGAACCCAUGCUACUCGAUCCCGUACAAAUGUCAACCACAGUUUGGCUACAGACACGUCCUGUCUCUGACAGAGGAGGUGGGCCGCUUCACAGAGGAGGUGAAGAAGCAGAAGGUUUCUCGGAACAGGGAUGCCCCAGAGGGAGGCUUUGAUGCCAUCAUCCAAGCAGCUGUGUGCAAAGAGAAGAUUGGCUGGCGGCCAGGUGCUUCUCACCUGCUGGUGUUCACCACGGAUGCUAAGACCCAUGUAGCACUAGAUGGGCGCCUGGCAGGCAUUGUGCGGCCUAACGACGGCCAGUGCCAUGUGGGCACAGACAACAUUUACAACAUGUCCACAACAAUGGACUACCCAUCAUUGGCCCUGAUCACAGAGAAAAUGUCAGAGAACAAUAUAAAUCUAAUCUUUGCUGUAACCAGUCCUGUGUUGUCACUAUACAAGAAUUACAGCAAUCUGAUCCCUGGCACUGCAGUCGGUACCCUGUCAGAAGAUUCUCGCAAUGUGAUCCAACUGAUUCAAGACGCAUAUGCUAAAAUUCGCUCUAAGGUUGAACUGGAGCUUCUCAAUGUCCCAGAGGAAUUGAGCCUGUCCUUCAAUGCCACGUGUAUAAAUGGAGAGGUCAUUCCUGGGCUUAGGUCAUGCUCUGGGCUCAAGAGAGGAGACACAGUGUCCUUCAGCGUAGAGGCCCAUGCCAGGGGCUGCCCCAAGGAAAAGCUCAAGACUUUUACUAUUAAACCUGUGGGCUUCAAGGAUGCACUCCUGAUCACUGUCGACUUUGAGUGCGAGUGUAAGUGCCAGGCUCACAGCCAGCCCAACAGCCCCGUCUGCCACCAUGGCAAUGGCACCUAUGAGUGCGGCCUCUGCCUGUGCCACCCGGGCCGACUGGGCCCACAGUGUGAGUGCGCAGAGGGUGACUAUGGUCCCAGCAAGCAGGACACAUGCAGCAGCCCCAAUGCGUUGGUGUGCAGCGGUCGCGGCGACUGUGUGUGCGGCCAGUGUGUGUGUCACAGCAACGACUUCGGCAAGGUGUGGGGCAAGAGAUGUGAGUGUGACGACUUCAACUGUCUGCGGUACAAAGGAGAGCUGUGCUCAGGCCAUGGAACAUGCUCGUGUGGUUUCUGCCAGUGUGAGCCAGACUGGACGGGUGAGAACUGCAACUGCUCUAGCCGCACAGACACCUGCAUGUCCAGCCUGGGUUUGCUGUGUAGUGGCCAUGGCCAGUGUGUAUGUGGCAUCUGUGAGUGCACCCAGCCUGGCGCCUAUGGCUCAACCUGUGACAAAUGCCCCACCUGCCCUGAUGCCUGCACUAUGAAGAAGGAAUGUGUGGAGUGUAGGCAUUUUAAAAGAGGGAAGCUUUUUGAGGAUGGUAGCUGUGCUCGGAUUUGCAGAGAUGAAAUUACAUUGGUUGAUGAUCUAGCCUUUCAUGAUAAGAAUGCUGUGAACUGCACCUACAAGGAUAAGGAUGACUGUGUGCAGAGGUUUCAGUACUAUGAGGACAACAGUGGGAAGUCUAUUUUAUCUGUGGUGAAAGAACCAGACUGCCCUAAAGGCCCAGACAUCCUGGUGGUGCUCCUCUCAGUUGCUGGAGCUAUACUGAUCCUGGGCCUGGUCUCCUUGCUCAUCUGGAAGCUGCUGGUCACUAUCCACGACCGUCGUGAAUUUGCCAAGUUUGAGGAGGAGCGGGCACGAGCCAAGUGGGACACGGGCCACAACCCUCUCUACAAAGGUGCAACUUCUACUUUCACUAACAUCACCUAUCGAGGCAACUAGGAAUAGAAGUUCCUCAUGUUGGUCAUCGGUGCAACGGGGGGGCAGGGCCUACGGGAGAUGCUCAUGUUCUCUCCACGUAACAGUUUUUACAGCUGUGAAUUAUUGCUAUUAUUUUAUCUUUGUGGAGGGUGUACAUGUUUUGUUUGUAAAUAUAACAAUCAUCUUAAAUUGUUGGGGGGGGGUUGGCUUUAUAGAUUUCAUCACUUUUUAAAAAACGUUUAGUUUUAAUUCUGUGUAUUUCAUGUACAUGUGCACCCAGCAUGCACAGUGUGAAGCAUUUAAAGGCUUCUUUUUCAUGUAGUAUUUCUAGAAAUAGCGAAUCAUCAUGACACAUGCUUCUUUGGCCUACUGUGGCUUCCUGAUUAGUAGGGCCAUGCAGAGACUCUUAAAGAGGCAGGUGCUCGAAAAUGGGC